UCUUUGCGUGGUUGCGUCACAGGGUGAUUCCUGUUGAGACCGCGCGUAACCCAGACUUUGUUGAAUGCAGUUGCAAAAAAGGCUGUAAUUUGAUUUUUCGAUAUUCGAAUAUCGAUAGCGAACUUAGUAUUUUUUCGUCUUUGCUUCGCGUUUGUGGAUACAAUCAAGGUGUCAGCAGUUUUGUAGAUAUUAAACCACCCGGUCAAAUUCGUUGGUGAUCAGCGAGGAUCGAAGAUAGCACCAUCAUCAUAAUCAUCAUCAUCGAUAAUUGAGCUCUGGGCGAAAUAAUACACGGUUCAGCUGAAUUUUAGCUGAACCGUGAUCUGAUCGUCGAAGAAAUCUGAUCAUUUGUUUAGUGUUAACGUACAAGUUUUGAUCACAAGACCACUCUGAGCAUAUGGCAGACCUCUUUUGGUUGUGCGGGAGCUUACGUUAUUAGUUAUCUGUUCAAUUCAAAAGCAACCGGACUUCAGCUGGAUUUCAACAUUUCGCUUUUCCUCAAAGUGACUCCACAAGAUCAAUAGCAGGAAACCAAACAGCCAACAUCAAGAAGAACCCAGCUUUAUGGUACUACCCCACCAUGUUGGGUAUUAUGGAUCAUCACCAAGACACCGUCCGGAAAUGUAAAACGGAGGCUUUGCCUCCAGAGCGUAGGAAGAGGACCGUGGAGGAUUUCAAUAAGUUUUGCAGCUUUGUCCUGGCCUAUGCUGGGUACAUUCCGCCUCAAAAAGAAGAGAGUUCAUGGUCUCCGUCUUCAUCUCCAUGUACACACGAGCUUUCUGAGCUCUCGGGUGAAGGGUCUGUAAAGGAUAGCUGGACGGAAGCACACUCCGACCUCAACAACAUUCAAUGUUUGGUCCACAAAGCUGAGACAGACAGCAGCAGCACAGAGUUCAGCCAUCUUCAGUCGGACAGCUCCUUUGAGAAGAUGAGAUUGAAAGACUCUCUGAAUCAGAUCCAUCUUGAUAGUAAAGCUGAGAGGAAGAAGGUGAAGAAACUCGGACGCUUAUCUUUAGGAGGGCCGAGGAAAAGCAUCUCGGAGGCAAGAGCACACAAACAAUCGAAAGCAGCACUAAAGAAAAUGAAGAGAUCAGUGAAGGCUGAGAGACACUUUCCAUCCUCAAGCCCUUUAAACGAGGGGUUUCAAAAAGAGGAGGGGCUAACUGAACAGGCUGUUCACAUGCAUGAGGCGGGGCUUAAACUGGAGUCCAAUCCUGAAACAGACCUGAGCUCUUGCGAAACGGACACAUUGGUGACUGAUGAGGAUAUUAUGGUUGAGUCUGGUGAUGAUUCUUGGGAUUUGGUUACUUGUUAUUGCGGGAAGCCUUUUGCCGGACGUCCCAUGAUUGAAUGUGACGAGUGCUCCAUUUGGGUCCAUCUCUCCUGCGCUAAGAUUAAGAAGUCCAACGUACCUAAUAUUUUCUACUGCUACAGAUGCAGGGACUCUCGGGGCUCCAUGGUCAAAGGAGACCACUGAGAAUGAAUGUGUGGGUGCAGAUCUUGUGUCUAUUUAAAUGGAUGUUCUCAUAUCUCUUUUUUUUGUUUUUUACUUUUCUGAUUACUCUUAAUUAGUUUCUGUUAAAUUAAAAAUGUUUUAUUAACUCCAUUUGUUCUCCUUUGUUCUAUGUUAAUAGACUGGCCUUGAUUUAUGACAUUAAGUGUUUAUCAGGUUUAAGGUGUACUAAAACUCAUGCACUUAUUUGCACUACUAUGUGAGUGUUGUGUUUUUGAUUGUACACAAACCUAAAAUUAUAUUUGGUGGCAAAUGUGCACUAUGACCACAUAUUGUGUAGAUAAAUAAAUGAACAUCUCCCAUAGCAAUCUGGUAUUUAACAGCUAUUGUCUCUUAUUUACAUUAUAUAUUAUUUACAUAUAUAUAUAUAUAUAUAUAUAUAUAUCUUCCCUCAGUGAUGAAUGUCUAGAUGGGUGAAUCUCUCAAAGCCUUUCAAGGAUGUGUCUCGGACCUAUUUCUUUCCAAGUCAAAAGAAAAUUGAGCAUAUUUUAGGACAAUUAAUAUUGUUUUCUUGACAUUAAACCACAUUUCUUCCAAAGUUUGCAUAUUUAUAAGAUUUAUCCAAAUACCAUGUACAUGCAUCCAUUAAAGCAACUCCACUUCCAGUGAAGAGGUGUUGUUGUAAUCCAGUGUUUUUCAGUCUUGCACCUGGGGGAAACUCAGCACAGGUGUCGCACUAAACUGACACACCUUAUUUGGAUCAUGGAGCACUGUAUAAAAGACUUGAUGAAUGCAGAUAGGAGUGGUAGCUAGAUAAGGGAUACCUCCAACACAGAUCUCUACAACUCUCAAACGCUAUUCAAUUAUCCUCACUUUUAUCGUUACAGGAUGUUCUUCAGGAGAUAUCAGCAUAUUUAGAUGUAGUUUAAUUGCUUGCUUUUUGUUAUUUGUGUGUUCCAUAUUAAACAAAAUGCUAGAAAUGUUAAGUUUUUGAUUAUAAGACUAAACACUGAUUUCUCUUAUUUUUUUUUUUAGCCUAUGUGUCCUGCUCAUCCCAGUGUAAAUAGUACAUGUAUGUACAGGUGUAUAUGUUUGAAUGAUGAGGAAAUGCUCUAUUUUUCUGCCCAUUUAUAGCAGUGAAUUCUGAAAAUAAAUUCUUUUAAAGUCAA